UUGGCAAUUGGCAGCGCGACGCGAGCUCAGUCGUUUACGAACCGUCGAACGAAUCAGGCUGAUACCGCCACCUGACGAGCGAACGAACGGAAACACGGACCGAGCGCGACUGUUUCAUCCUCUCGCUUGUUUAGAUCGAUUCUUCGUGCGCGAAUACGCUACACAAUCGUUUUCUCGAUUUUCCUCGAUUCCUCACUCGUUUCCAAACGUACGUUUUUAUGAGCGAAAGGUGACGCGAUUUUCGCCAACGCGUGUCUUUUUUUCGUCUUACCGCCUUACAGUAAGUGGGGAGGGGGGGGGAGGGAGGGAAGCGCAAGAAGCGCCGCUCCACGAACAGAUCAGUCUCCGGGGUGUCGACACGACAUUGACGACAUCGACGACGUCAACAUCGACUACGAGAGGAAAUACGUGUACACUUUACGUGCGAAGGGGAGGCUGCCUGCCGACGCGACGUGGGCCCCGGAGUAUGUGAAAAUGGAUUUUAAGAGCGUGGUGUAUAACGCUGCGAGGGACGGCAAGCUUAAACGUCUCAAGGUGUUCCUAGAACAUCGAGGCAAAGAUGAGGUAGGACAAUUAGUCGGUGCCAAAACCCAUGGCGCAACACCCUUAGUCAUGGCAUGUCGGAACGGACAUUACGAUGUGGCAGAAUAUCUUAUUGAAAAAUGCGGGGCGGAUGUGGAACAGCCUGGAUCAGUGGUUUUCGAAGGCGAAACGAUCGAGGGUGCACCACCCCUGUGGUGCGCGGCGGCCGCUGGUCACUUGGCGCUAGUGAAACUGUUGGUGAGACGAGGCGCCAAAGUGAACUCAAUCACGAAAACGAAUUCCACGCCUCUCCGCGCUGCAUGUUUCGAUGGACACUAUGACAUCGUCAAAUUUUUAGUACAACAUGGUGCAGAUAUCGAGAUGGCAAAUCGACACGGGCACACAUGUCUGAUGAUCGCAUGCUACCGAGGUCAUGUUAAAAUCACAAAGUUGCUACUCGCCUUGAAAGCGGACGCGAACCGCAAGUCCGUGAAGGGUAAUACGGCAUUGCAUGAUUGCGCCGAGAGCGGAUCCCUGGAGAUACUGAAGAUACUCGUCGAACACGGUGCUCAGAUGGACGUGGACUCCUACGGGAUGACGCCACUUCUCGCGGCAGCAGUAACAGGUCACACUCAUAUCGUCGAAUACCUCAUAGGCAUUCCGCAACUGUUUAGCAGAAAAGAACGCAUCGAUGCGCUAGAAUUGCUCGGGGCAACGUAUGUGGACAAGAAAAGGGACAUGAUAGGCGCUCUGCAGUUCUGGAAGCGAGCCAUGGAUGAGAGAUAUCGGGGAGAUGGUCCGAUGAUAUCGAAACCUGAAUUUCCGCCCCUUGUAGCCGCUUACGAUUACGCCCGAGAAGUAGUCGAACCCGAGGCCUUGGACGAUUUAUUGGCGGAUCCAGACGAGAUGCGCAUGCAGGCAUUGGUGAUUAGAGAACGGAUAUUAGGACCGGCUCAUCCGGACACAAGUUACUACAUCAGAUAUCGCGGGGCGGUUUACGCGGAUGCGGGUAAAUUUCGUCGUUGUAUCGAGCUAUGGAACUACGCUCUCGAUAUGCAACAGAGCAUGCUGGAGCCGUUAAACCCCAUGACGCAGAGCUCUCUAUUCAGUUUCACCGAACUCUUUAGUUUCAUGGUGGGCGAAGAAGGCAGACAGACAACCAGAGGUCGCAGAGUACCGCCGGUGAAGAGAGAAGAUCUUUUGAGAGUUUUCGAAAAAGCUGUUAACGAAGUAGCAAAAGGAAAGCAAAUGUUGGACAAAAUGAGCGAUUUGGCAUGCGAACGCGAUCUAACGUUCUUGAACAGAGUCCUAGUAAUCACCUUGCAUUUGGCGUGUCUGUUAACACGCGAGACUGGGGAGAAGGACAGUGAAGAAUACAUCGCCUUACAUAAGGAGCUGUAUAAGUUAGUCCGAAUAAAUGCCAAAGGCAAGCAGGGACGCGAUGCGCUGCAAUUAAGCCAUAGUGAGGAUGGUGCUCUGGUUGGCAGAUAUCCCACGUGCAAAUUUCCUUCUCCUCAUUUGACCAAAGCUCUGCUGAGAGUAGGCGCGGACGUAACUGCCAGGGACAAUGACGGGAACACGGCUCUCCAUUUGACUGCACUAUUGCGUCCUUGGCGACCGGUUUUAUCGAUUGAUUUACUCGACGCUGGCGCGCAUCUUGAUGCCGUGAACAAUGAUGGCAAGACAUUCGAAAUGUUGUUAUGCGAUAAAGAGCUUUACGACUCGAUUUAUCCAUUGAAAUAUACUAAGCUCGCUUGUCUUGCCGCGCGAGUGGUCAGAAAGACGCAAAAGAUUAGUAGAAUACCCCAACAUCUUCGCGCUUUCGUCGCAAUGCAUUAGCAAUAUCAAGAAGACGCAAAUACAAGCGAAUACGCAUGUGCGCAGAACACGAUAUCCAUACCGUCGAUAUCGAGAUACUACGGCGAGCAUCUUAUCCUAAGCGACUGAAAAAUUUGACGAGAAUUUCAUGGAGAUUAGAAGUGAUAAUUCAAGUGUUGACGAACACGAUUAGCGAUUCAUUAUUCUGGCAUUGAGACUCGUCUUUUUAUAUUAGUCCAUAUCGAAAUAAAGGUAAAAGAUUGUUCCCGUAAAGCACAAUGCUUUUAACCAACAGAAUGGGAUAUACUAUGAAGCACACAUGAUCCCAAAAGAUCUAUAUGCAUGAGCACAAGAUCUCUUAAUUAUUUCCUUCGAUAUAAAACAUAUUUUGAGAUAAGAUUUUCUUAAAAGAAUUGGAGCGACAUUUUGCUUGUAUUUUACAAUUGGUAUCCUUUUUUUUGUGUUUAUUAUAUUUAUUUAAAAUUUAUUUAAAAAAGAUAUGAAGUACAAAAGAUUCUAAAGACAAUAAAAAAGUUGUAUUUAUGUGUGUGCGUUUCGCUAUUAAAAGUAUUGUCCAAUAAAGUAAAAUAUUGUAUAUAUCAUUUUAAUAUGACUAUAAUAUUUAAUAUUAAAAUACUUUUGCAAAAAGAAAAAUUAAAACACUUAAUGCAAAACAGUUUAAUCCUCAUUUAUAUUUAUUCUGAUUCAUACACAAACUUCUAUAUGUAUAAAAAUCUAUGGAUUCAUAACUUUCUUCAUAAACUUUGAGGUUAUCAAUUAAAUAUCUUAUUGUAUUUGUCAUUUCAAAUUGCAUUAGAGUGCAACGAUAUUUUCAUUGAAAUAGAAUCGAUCAUCUAUAGUUUUUUAACAAUUUCUUGUUUGCCAUUAUUCUCGUUAGAUGGAGAUUAGUGAAUUAGGUGGAUAUGUCGAGAAAUGAUAUAUUUGGAUAGAUCUCUUUGGUAUUGAGUGUGCAACAUUAAAAAAAAAAAGAUUAAAUCUUUGUGAAUAAGUUAAAAUAUUCAUCGGCAUUAGAACGCGAUGAUAUUGAAUGUGGGGAUAUUGAAUAUUGUGAUUUUAUUAUUACGAAGUCGGCUAAUUAAAGGCCUGUCCCUUAUACAUAAACCCCGCGCGAGCCAUAUUAUAUACAAACAUAUAUAUAUAUAUAUAUAUAUAUAUAUAUAUAUAUAUAUAUAUAUAUAUAUAUAUGUACCACGUUGAUUGCUUAGCGAUAAUGAUAAAUAUGUUGAAUUCAAGAAUAUGUAAUCUUAGAAAAAUGACUUUUUACCUUGCUGUGUAUAAACAAAUGAAAAAAAAAAACGGAUUUGUAAUAAAAGUUUUCUGAUAAAUUAUGAAUAAUGCAAUUCUACACUUACAUAUGCUACUUUAUGUAUACAGAAAUGAUUACGAGAAAAAAAAAUUUGCCGUAUAUUGCGUUUAUAUUUUCCAUUUCAGCACACCUCGAAGCACAUCACACGAGUUACUUGAGAUUUUGUUAAGCCAUUAAUAUCCCCAGGGUUAAUGGCAGCAAUUGGAAUUGACUAUUCAUUCGCAUAAGCAACGAGUUUUUAUUCGUUUUUAUUUCAAAAAAUGUGAUAAUUUAUACACAUAUAUAGACUAUAUAGAGACAUGUCGCUACAUAAUUAUAUACAAUACAUAUAAAAGUGUGUGAUGUUCAAGGUGCCUUUUGCUUUCGAGAUAUUAAACGAUGUUACUUAAAUACUUUUUCAUUAAACGCGAUUGUUUACACGAUAAAGACGAAUUUAUACGAUUCAUAUAUAUUACGCGAUUUUAUAUAGGUUUUAUAUGUUGUAUUCAAAUCGUUUAUCUUAUUACAUUUACAACGCGUCCGAAUUAACUUCACCAUUGUUGUACUACAUUAGGACGCCGCAUUACAAUUCUCUACAAAGAUGGGAUCUUUACACUUAACACAUAUAUCGAAAGCUAUUUUAUAAUGUAAAAAUAGAUGAAGUAAAAAAAUACAAAUGUAAAAAUACGA